AUGGCCUCCUGGUUCGGCGGCUCUUCCGCCGCCAGCGAACUGGACGCCCAAGUCGAGCGUGCCACCGCCUCCUCCCUCGAAGACAUAGCCCUCAACCUCGAAAUCAGCGACAUCAUCCGCAGCAAGACCGUGCCGCCUAAAGAAGCCAUGCGCAGCCUGAAACGCCGCAUCUCAAACCGCAACCCCAACGUCCAGCUCGCUGCGUUAAACCUCACAGAUACUUGCGUCAAGAACGGCGGUAGCCACUUCUUCCAGGAGAUCGCAAGCCGGGAGUUCUUAGAUGCCAUCGUUGGGAUAUUGAAGAGUGGAACGGCGGCGGGUUACAGCUUUGGAGGCAUGGGUGCGGAGCCAGUGAAUGCGGAGGUGAGAGGGAAGAUCCUAGAGCUCGUACAGACGUGGGCGACAGGUGCCGAAGGCAAGGACUCGUUGACGUAUCUCACUGAGACGUACCGGACAUUGCAGCACGAAGGGUUUCAGUUCCCACCGAGGCAAGAGGUGGCGAGCAGUAUGUUCGACUCAUCGGCGCCACCAGAGUGGACGGACUCAGAUGUGUGCAUGCGGUGUAGGGAGAAGUUCACAUUCACGAACCGUAAGCAUCAUUGUCGCAACUGCGGGAAUGUGUUCUGCGGGACUUGUUCGGCGAAGAGUAUACCUUUGCCGAGACUGGGCAUCAUGACGCCAGUCCGAGUGGAUGACGGAUGUUAUGCGCGGUUGACAGAGAGGGGAAGCGGUGGCACUUCCAGCGUGGGUCCGCAGAGUCCACCAGAGAGCAGGAGGACGUUAUGGCAAGGAUCUCAAGCUGCGCCUGGAAACGAGAGGAUGCAGCCGAGAGGCGCGAGGGUGACUGAGGAUAGCUUCGAUGCAGAUCUGAAGAAGGCGUUGGAGAUGAGCUUGGAGGACAGCAAAGGGCAUUCGGGAGCUGGGUACGUUCCACAGAGCCAGGUACAGCAACAGCCACAACAGCGAACACCCCAACCGAACGAGGCUAGCAAAGCUCCUGCGAAAGAGGAAGAAGAGGAGGAUGCGGACCUAAAAGCAGCCAUUGCCGCCAGUCUGCAGGAUAUGGAGACGCAAAAGCAACGACAUGCACAGGAACUCAAGGAGCGGACAACUUCUUCCUCGAACGCUGAUGCAGCACCCGCGCAGUAUAAGCCGAAUAAUCAGUUCGAGCUUACACCAGUUGAAGCAGAGAACAUCAAUCUCUUCGCUACAUUGGUGGAUAGAUUGCAGCAUCAGCCUCCUGGCACAAUACUUAGAGAGCCGCAAAUCCAGGAGCUGUACGAGAGCAUUGGUACGCUGAGACCAAAGUUGGCGAGGACCUACGGCGAGACGAUGAGCAAGCAUGACACUUUGUUAGAUCUUCACAGCAAGUUGUCGACAGUCGUGAGGUAUUACGAUCGCAUGCUGGAGGAUCGCAUGGCCAGCGCAUACUCGUCAAGCAGAUAUGGAGCGGCUCCGCAACGAAAUAGCAUGUACCCCAACAUACCGACAGCGCGCGGGCCUCCCGAAGCUGGCGGCAUGGAGAGCUACUAUACCGGCAACGCACCGCAAAUGGACGGAUACGGUGCACAGCCGCAGCAGCCGUACUCACAACCACAAGCUGCGUAUCCACCAUACCAAAAGCAACCGCAGAGCUCGUAUGGCGCGCCUCCACCGGAAGCAAGCUAUUAUCAACAGCCUCAAGCACCUUAUCCGCCCCUACAGACCCCACAACAACCCCAUCAGACACCCUACCCUCAACAACCGCCUCAGGAAUUCCAGCAAAACCAGCAGCAGAUGCCACCUAUUUCAGACUACCAACAACAACAGCAGCCACCUCAACAAAUGCAGAUACCCCGUCGUGGCUCUUCGCAGCUGGGCUCGCAAUACGCACCUUCACACACCUCUCAAUCCUCGAACCCAAACUUACCGCUCUCCUCGCCGCCUGCAGAACGCGAUCAAGCCGCAAGCUUCUAUUACGGAGAUCAGCAACAGCAGGUACCCGCCCAAGCGAGUCCGGAAAUGUACCACCAACAACCUCCACCUCAACAGCAACAACAGCAGCCGCCUCCACAGCAAUACAUGUCUCCGCCACCACAACAGCAAGCCCAAGCCCCGCCUCAGCAGUACCAACAGCCACCUCAACAAUACUCGCAACCUCCCCCGCAGCAAGCCCCGGCUCCGCGACAGCCGAGUCAAGCGUACUACCAGCAGCCGUCGCUCGCAGCUGCUACGCAGUCCUGGCCACAGGCUCCAGCGGCGCAGGGCGGGUAUGGGCAGGAGGCUUUCCCGUCAGCGCCAGUGCAUCCGCCUGCGCAGAAGGAGGAGAGCUUGAUCGAGUUUUGA